GAUACUGAGAACUGCUAUGGGCGGAAGUGGGGGGCGCUCUAUUAGCCCCUUAAAGUGAUCAGGUGGCUCUGGAACUUCCCUAAUUACUUUUACCUAAAAACCCCAUCAGCAGCUCUAGAUAUCAUUACCAUGAGCUUGUGUCAUUCCCUUAUAUAUCAGGACCUUUAUAAAUGUACCUUGGUAGGCAAGGGGUUAAUUCAUAUGAUUAUAUGCAUAAGGCAACUGAUUUUGCCAAAUGUUUGUGUAUCAGUACUGCUAGAACUGGGAAGAUGAAGGUGGGACACCCCAAAAGCUUGUCCUCAAAAUGUUACUGUUACAGCAAACAAGAAAAGUAUGAAGGACAGUCCUCAACCAUCCCGGGAUAGAGGGAGCCAUGAACGCGGUCCUUUGGGAACAUCCAGAAAACUCCCCAUCUUUAUCCUUUGGGCAGAGCAGCCGCACUCUUCCUCCGUGGUUUCCAGCAGGGAAGAGGUUACAUCUGGAAGGGGUUGAGCAGCUGUGAUUCACAAAGGGAGCCGCUUCCCCAUAUUCCAGUCUUUGUGCCGGAGAUCCGGGAGGACAAGACUAGGAAGAAAGGACAUUCCUGUACAGGGCUGGGUAACAUGGAAACCUCAACCUCACAGUACUUCACCCCAGACCCCCUGGCCUUCCAGGCCGAGGAGGAAGGAGAGGAAUAUUUGACGGGGGAGGAGAUACCCUCGGAACUUGACACAACACUCCGUUUCCUGUCCAUCAUCAUAUACAGCAUAGCGUUUCUCCUGGGAACCACCGGAAAUGGCUUGGUCAUAUGGAUUGCUGGCUUUAAGAUGAAGAGAACCGUCAACACAGUUUGGUUUUUGAACCUUGCAAUCGCUGACUUCAUUUUCACGUUCUUUUUACCAUUGAGCAUCACCUACACUGCUCUAGGUUUCAACUGGCCGUUUGGAACUCUACUUUGCAAGCUGAACAGCACCAUCGCUUUCUUGAAUUUGUUUGCGAGUGUCUUCCUGCUUACCGUCAUCAGUGCUGACCGUUGUGUCUCUGUGGUCAGACCCGUGUGGGCCCAAAACCAUAGGACUCCAAGACUGGCUUCCGCUAUCGCCCUUUCUGCCUGGCUGGCGGCGUUAAUCCUCUGUUCACCCUACUUGGCCUUUCGGGACACCAUACGAGACAAUGAGAACAAUGUCACACACUGCUAUAAUAACUACGCCUUCUCCAAUGACUUUGAAGACUUGGAGGUAGUAGCAUUGAGGAACAUGAGACACCAAGUAAUGAUAUCUGUAAGGUUUCUUUUUGGGUUCUUGCUACCAUUUGGACUUAUCUUAGUUUUCUAUUCUUUGAUGGCUUUGAAGUUGAGAAGAAGUCAUAUUUCGUGGUCCAGCCGGCCGUUCAAAGUCAUGGCAUCUGUUGUGGUUGCGUUCUUCCUCUGCUGGUUCCCGUAUCACAUCCUUUCUGUACUGGAAGUUGUUAUGCACCACUGGGACAAUAAAGGACUAAAGUCAGCUGUUCUUAUUGGAAGUCCACUGGCUACCAGUCUGGCUUUUUUUAACAGCUGCUUAAACCCUUUCCUCUAUGUCUUCCUGGGCAGAGACUUUAAAGAAUCCUUGAGAAGAUCGAUCCUUUCAGCUUUCGAAACGGCAUUUAGUGAGGAGCAAGGGAAGAACGCCUACAGCCUAGCAAAUCCCCGGUCUCUUUCUGACCAAGAGUCUCAAUUUACCUGACUGAGCCUGGACCAAUAUGGUGGAGAUUAGUCUCAGGACAGAUUAUUUUUACUUCAGGAAUACUAUGUUUUGGGCCAUCUAGAGGCAAUAUUGUCUAAGCAUUAUAUGGAAAAAAUGGAAAGAAACUGCGCUACAAUAACAAAAAAGGAUAGAAGAGAGAAAAAGACUUGCAACGUAGUCGCAGUCUAUUCACUCCGAGAGCUGCGAUUACCAUGUAAACAAUAAGUACAAGAAAAAAAUGUGAGAAAAAUAUAAAUCGCGCUACCUCUAAACACCAUACUUGACAAACACGAAAUUAAACGAUUGGCAAGUGAGUGAUAUAUAGGCCUAGAUUCAGGUACGGCCGAUCUACGUUGCGCGGGCAUAGCGUACCGUAUUUACGCUACGCCGCCGCAAC